AUUUUCGGCAAUAUGUUACCAGUAAUAAUACGUAAAAAAAAUAUUGGUGAUUUAGUGAAGAAAUUAUAUGAAAAAAAUUCAAAUGCAAAAUAUUUUGGAUUUUACGAUUUUUCAAAACCAGUAAUUAUCAUUCGCGAUGUUGAUCUACUUAAAUCGGUGGCAGUGAAAAAUUUCGAAAAUUUCACCGAUCAUGGAUUAAUAGGACCAGAAACUAGGGAUCAAUUAUUUAUUCGAAAUUUAUUUAAUUUAAAAGGCCAAGAAUGGCACAAUAUUCGAACACUAUUGAGUCCUGCAUUCACUUCAUGUAAAAUGAAAAUACUUUAUAAACUUAUUUCAAAUAGUGCUGUGAAUUUUGUCGAGUGUUUGAUAAGAGAGACAAAAGAUGAUGAAACGAGUGAUAUGAAAGAAUUUUUUUCCAGAUAUACCAAUGAUGUAAUAGCGAAUUGUGCUUUUGGUAUAACUAUCAAUACAAUGGAGAAUCCAAAAAAUGAUUUUUACAUUUUUGGAAAAGAAGCGACAAAUUUGGAAAGAUUGUCACAAAAAAUUAUACUGAUGAGAAAUUUCCCUUUCUUGAUGAAAUUAUUAAAUGUUAAUUUGUUGAGGUCAAAGAUUGAUGAAUUUUUUAAUAAAACGAUUAGGUUGACAAUUAAUAUUAGAGAUAGUUUGGGCAUAUCGAGACCUGAUAUUCUGCAACUUUUGAUGGACUCCAGGGGAAGAAAUAGAAAAAUUAAUUUAUCGAUGGAAGCAAUAACAGCCCAAGCUUUUGUCAUCUAUUUUGGUGCUUUUGACACAACGUCAACAACAAUGGCUUUUUUGGCACAUGAACUUGCACUGAAUCCAGAAAUUCAAAUUCGAUUACAAGACGAAAUUGAUGCAGUUUUUAACGAAAGUAAUGGUAAUAUAUCGUAUGAUGCAAUAAACGGACUCGAAUAUUUAGAAGCAGUUUUGUAUGAAACAGCACGAAAAUAUCCAGUACUAGCAACAUUGGAUCGAGUUUGCACAAAAGAAUUCCAACUUCCAGCUGCUGUGCCAGGCGCAAAAUCAGUUUCAAUAAAACCUGGAAUGUUAAUUUGGAUUCCAUUAGUUGGUUAUCAUUAUGAUCCUCUCUAUUAUGAAGAUCCGGAAAAAUUUAAUCCUGAUCGAUUUUUAAACAACAGUACUGCCAGUAAAAAAUCUACAUUUUUAUCAUUCGGCAUUGGACCAAGACAAUGUGUAGGAAGUCGAUUUGCAAUGUUGGAAAUGAAAAUAGUAUUUUUCCAUUUUUUGGCACGAUGCAAUUUUCGAACAUGUUCAAAAACAACUGUGCCUUUAAAAUUAAGUAAAAGAUCAUUAGGACUUGCUGCCGAGAAUGGUUAUUGGGUGAAAGUGGAAUUAAGAAAACACAAAGAAAAUUCUUUUAAAUGAGUGAUGAGAGGCAUUCUUCAAAUGCACGUGUAUGCAUCAGUAUAGUCAAGGUUAAACGGUUUACAAGAAAAUUACAAUAUAACUAUUAGCGUUUAAUUAUCAGUCAUAAAAGUGAUUUCAC